CGGCCUCUAUUUCAAUUUUUUCAUCCCGCGCCUAUCCAACUUCACAGUCUCGCUUGCUAUUUCAAAUACCAAAUCAAUUAUUAGUACCUGCAAUCUCAAUCUCUUCCUUAUAACUCUCAUCUCGAUAGUCUUAUAAGUUUCAAAUUCUCCAUCUUGAUUUCGCCGGCUGCAUCAGUUGUCGAUUAAGCAAUUCCUAGGGUUCAUACGAAAAGAGGGCUUGUUCAAAUUGUUGUCGUGAUUGCAUCAAUUUGUUGGGUGAUUCUUCGGUUGCCAAACUAGGGUUCAUACGAAAAGAGGGCUUUCUCAAAUUCCUGUUUUUUUGCAUGUAGGCAGGAUAGAAAUCUAUCUGUUGGUUAAUCAUGGUAUAAAAAUCAAAGAUUCUGAUCUAAAGUUCAUAUGCUCUACUUCAGAACAGUAGUUACCUUGUAAGUUAGCGGUGAUUAACCAGGAAAAGAGCUGCACCCUCUUUACCUUGACUCGUAGUAAUAAGUCACUGACCUGCAUGUUAGGUUCAUAGCACAGGAUUCUUCUAGCUUCUCAGCCGUCGCGUUGGAACUACUCAUUUUUUUAGGAAUUCAUCAUGGUUGUCACCAGAUCAAUGUCUGGAACAUCGAAGACAACUGAUACCAAUGCCAAGAUUUCUGUGAAUCACAAUGCUGCCACCAAGAAAACUGAUACCAAUACCAAGAUUUCUGUGAAUCACAAAGCUGCUAAGAGACCAAGCAAAAGAGAAAAGUCUCAAAGGACUGAGAAAGUUGACGGCGGGUUUUAUGGGAAGACCUGCGUAAUUAAGGACGGCUGGCCAUUGGACUUGGACGCUUUUACCAUAUUCAUGAGGAAUGACUAUCUGAAAAAAUAUUAUCGGAAUCGUCCACCACCAACCUAUGGAAUAAUACCAUUUGAGGUCUCUUGUGCUGGACAAUUAGAAUGGAGAGGCAUGAGUGCUAAAGACAAAGCUCCGUUUCGAAAAUUGGCCAGAGAAAUGAGGGCUGAAGGACGUAGCUUUUUCAGUUUUUAGGUUGUAGCCUAUAUUGAUGCCAGCAUCAGAGGAAUCCUGAAACAAAGUUGCUACCUCAGAAGGCUUAAGUUUCAUGCUGCAGACAAUGAUUUGUAUUUUCUAUUUUUAUUUUCACAUUAGGACCAGUUAGUAGUUUUCAUUUCUGUUGGAUGCUCGGAGCCUCAAGCCAUCUAAUGUAAUUGAUGGGUACUUAUUAGGAUUGCAACUUUUUUUAAUAUUCAGAUGUUUGCAUUCUCAUGGUUA